AUGGCGAUACAAGUUGGGCAGGAAAAGAUAUUCCCACCUCCGUCUAAUAGUCUCCAGGGGAAAAAAGAAACAGAAAAAGGGACAAAGAUGCCAUUGUUUGUUGCUCGUCUCGCUCCCGUAUCCCUCACGGUUAUUUGGGAUGAAGUCGAGAAAUCCACCGGUUGGAAAAUUGAAGUGAGCGAAACGGUACGCCGUACUCUGUAUGUCAAAGACAUCUCCCCGAAAGUCAAUACCAUUGUUACAGAAGAAUAUGUUCUCUGGCGAGUGCAAGCAUACAUAAAAUAUACUGAGACCCUUGAGACCUUUUACCUGGUAGCUUCCCAUGGAUCUCACCUAGAAAUUGGAUAUUUCCAAAGAAAGAAGCCUGAUAUAAUACCACGCCUUAGCGAGGUCUUCAAUGGUGCUGACAGGAUUCAGAUCAUGUACCUGCCGGCGGUGGCCAAACUUUUGCAUGAAAUGGUAAGCUAA